AUGGGUCUUGUCAUCUGGGCCAUGGCCAUCCCAUGGAUGUGUUUCGCUGUAGGCUCUGUCCUUCGUUUGAAGUUCAGAUUCCCUUUCAACAUUGGCUGGUGGGCUUUCUUAUAUCCANGCGGUGUCGCAUCAGCAACAAUUACAUUGAGCGCCGAGCUGGACUCUGCAUUCUUUGGUGUUAUCGCAGAGGUUCUUACUGCAAUCAUUGUUCUGGUCUGGAUCAUCUGCUUUGUGAGAACCAUCAGAGGAGCAUUUACAGGGGAGCUAUUCCCCAAGCCAGGUGUUUGCGAACUUCGUCCCGAUUCAGGUGCAAAGACGCCUUGA